AAGGAAGCCCAGGCCCACCACAGAAGCCGAGUGUCUGGCAGAAGAAUCACGGUUGAGCAAGGACUCUGUUUGUGGUCGGUAGACACUACCAUCCUCAUUUCUUCCCCAAUUUCCAUCAGCAAAUUUGAGCCUCGUAAACCCUUCCAUGAUUUCCCCUUCUUCAGUGGGACCCAUCUCAACGACCCUCCUCCCCGAUUGUUCUGUUGCUUUUUCUAUCCCCGUCCAUGGUUUCUCUUUCCCCCGUUUCAGUUUCGCCUCCGAUUCGUCAUCAUUGUUCAAUCCGGCUUCGUUUUCCCACAAUUUCCUUGAUUGUGUUUGUUUCUGAUUGAAUUUCCUCAACUGGGUUUGCUUUAUUUUCAGCGGAAUCGCCUCAGUGUGUUGUAUCCGGUCUAUGACCUCCUGCUAGCUCUCUGAGGCAUUUCGUCGAACACACUGUCUAAUGGCUUCUAUUGGGUCUCUGCCUAUUAUAAUAGAGACCAAGACUGAUAGCUCUGUGCUUGUUCGCAGCAUUAUUAAUCGCCGGCUCAGAUUCCCAUUCUUGACGAAUCGUCCAAGAAGCUCCAUUGAAGUUGGUGGGAUCAAUGCUUCUGCAGGUGGGUCUUCGGAAGCAGUGGGAAUGUGCAGAGGACAGAAUGAUUGGUGCUCAAGAGGGAAUCUUUGGAGGAUUAAGCCGCUUAAUGCGAUUGGAAAGAGCUCCGCGCAAGGUGAGGACGGCGGCGAGCCGGAGGAUCCCCUUCAGGCCACCAUUGAAAAGAGCAAGAAGGUUCUUGCUACUCAAAGAGAACUGCUUCAACAGAUUGCUGAAAGAAGGAAAUUGGUAUCUUCUAUACAAAGUAGUGAUAUAAGCCAAGAAGAAGAGGAAGCUUCUUUUGAACAGGGGAACGAAUCGGUUUCGAAUGCAAAAAGUUCUUCAAGUAGUGGUGAUGAUACGGUUGAAGACCAAAUUGGCAGCAUUGCUUCGAGCGGCUAUGAGCAUUCAACUGAAGAAAAGGAGUUCAAAACCGUGCCUUCUGCUCUUAGUAGAGGGCUUGAUGAAAUAGAAAAGGAUCAUGGAGAUGCUUUACCUUUUAGUAAGUCUCCCAUUGAGCUAGAGUCCAGUAAGCAUGUGAGUACGGAUAGUUCCAAGACAGAGUGGUCUGAUGGUUUGCCAUCUUUUCUUACAAACCUUGAGUCGUCAACGCUAAAAGAUGAGGAGCUUGUUGAUCUGAAAGAACCAAGUGUAGAGGAGGUCCAUGAUGAGGCAGCUGGUUUUACCAUUGAAGACGUAAAGCCCCCUCCUUUGGCGGGUCCUAAUGUCAUGAAUGUCAUAUUAGUAGCUGCAGAAUGUGCUCCAUGGUCGAAAACAGGUGGGCUUGGAGAUGUUGCUGGGGCUUUGCCAAAGGCUUUGGCUCGGCGUGGACACAGGGUCAUGGUUGUGGCACCUCGCUAUGGUGAUUAUGCGGAACUCCAACAUUCAGGAGUUCGGAAAGUAUAUAAAGUUGCUGGCCAGGAUAUGGAGGUAGCAUAUUUCCAAGCCUAUAUUGAUGGUGUAGAUUUUGUCUUCGUUGAAUCUGCUAUGUUCCGUCACAUGGAGAAUAAUAUAUAUGGAGGAAAGCGUGAGGAUAUUUUAAAACGCAUGGUGUUAUUUUGCAAGGCAGCAGUUGACGUCCCUUGGCUUGUCCCCUGUGGUGGUGCUUGUUAUGGUGAUGGAAACUUGGCUUUCAUUGCAAAUGAUUGGCAUACUGCAUUGUUGCCGGUGUAUUUGAAGGCAUAUUAUCGAGACAAUGGCUUAAUGAAAUAUACGAGGUCCAUCCUUGUAAUCCAUAACAUAGCUCACCAGGGUCGGGGGCCAGUAGCUGAUUUCUCCUUCGUUGAUCUUCCGGGACACUACCUGGACCUUUUCAAAUUGUAUGACCCUAUUGGAGGUGAGCACUUCAAUAUCUUUGCAGCUGGUCUAAAGACAGCAGACCGUGUGGUUACUGUAAGUCAUGGAUAUGCGUGGGAGCUUAAAAUGGCUGCAGGUGGUUGGGGAUUACAUGGGAUCAUAAAUGAGAAUGACUGGAAAUUCAGAGGCAUUGUUAAUGGAAUUGACACGAAAGACUGGAACCCACAGCGUGAUGCUUUCUUGAAAUCAGAUGGUUACAUGAACUACUCCCUGGAGACACUUAAGACUGGCAAGGCUCAGUGUAAGGCGGCGUUACAGAAGGAACUGGGUUUACCAAUCCGUGAGGAUGUCCCAGUAAUUGGUUUCAUUGGGAGGCUAGAUCACCAGAAGGGUGUCGAUCUCAUAGCAGAGGCAAUUCCGUGGAUGAUGGGUCAGGAUGUGCAACUAAUCAUGUUAGGCUCUGGGAGACCUGACCUGGAAGAGAUGCUCAGGGCAUUCGAACACCAACACCAAGACAAGGUAAGGGGAUGGGUUGGGUUUUCUGUACAAACAUCUCACAGGAUAACUGCCGGCGCAGACAUUUUGCUCAUGCCGUCAAGAUUUGAGCCGUGUGGACUGAACCAACUAUACGCUAUGAACUAUGGGACAGUUCCAGUUGUUCAUGCAGUUGGUGGACUGAGAGAUACCGUGCAUCCUUUCAAUCCGUACGAGGAGUCGGGACUUGGAUGGACAUUUGACAGCGCUGAGGUCGGUAAGCUAAUCCAUGCAUUAGGGAACUGCUUAUAUACUUACCGAGAGUACAAGCAGAGCUGGGAAGGAAUCCAGAGACGAGGGAUGAUGCAAGACCUGAGUUGGGACCGUGCUGCUCAGAAUUAUGAGGAGGUUCUUGUGGCUGCAAAGUACCAAUGGUGAGCUAUUGCAAGUUCUGUCCGAGCACAUCGACCCGCCAAGGUUCUGUUUAAGGAAAAUAACUACGGUCGUUGUUACCAUGUAAAUUUUGUUCGGACUCUUUUUUUUUCUGAUCAAUCAGACGGUUGCUCUUUGUACUCAGUCUGGCAUGCGAAAGUGAAAGAAUGAUAGUAGUUUCUCA